AUGGGGAAAACCUUGUUUUCAGGGUUGACUGUGCGCGGUCCGUCUGCUCCUCUGGUGGCUCCUCUGGGAUCUUCAGUGGUUUUGCUCUGUUAUGUUGAUGACCCUUUACCAGUGGAAGAUCUGGAGGUGGAGUGGAGAAGACCAGACUCGGAGACUUUAGUUCAUCUGUAUCAGGAUGGUAAGAGUCAAACAGAAGUCCAGCAGCAGGAUUAUCAGAACAGAGCUCAUUUCUUCACUGAUCAGAUUCAACAUGGAAACUUCUCCCUCCGUCUGGACGAUCUGAGAGCUGAAGAUGCUGGAGAAUACAUAUGUACAGUUCACAGUCAGCAGAAGUCUGGUGAGACUGUGGUUCAAAUAAACGUUGAUGUUGAGCGUUUGCUAGUAUCAGGAUCGAGUCACUCUAUAUCUGCGUAUGUUGGUGAAGACGUCACUCUGAACUGCUCUAUAGACUCUAACAUCACACUUCAAGACACUGAAAAGGUUUUAUGGAAGAAAACAGAUGAAGAUGAAGAUAUUAUGGUUCUGCUCUUCCAAGACCAAGUGGUUUUACCAGAGGCAUCAGAUGAGCGAUACGGAGACAGAGUUGAGUUCUUCACUGAUGAAAUCCCCAAAUUAAACUUCUCUCUCAGACUGAAGAGCGUCAGAACUGAGGAUAAAGGAGUUUACAUGUGUGAGGUGUUUGCUGGAGGACUUUCAGCCAAUACAACUGUAGAACUGGAGCAACUGGGUUUCUCUGUUUUACACAUCGUGGUGUUGGUUCUCUGUAUUUCUGCAUCUGGAUCUGCUCUUCUGCUCUGCUGCCUGAUCUACUGCAGAACACUGCAUAAAGGUUUUUUUGGCCAGCAUACUUAUAACCAUCAAUUUAAUCUGGGAUCUUCAGUGGUUUUGCCCUGUCAUGUUGAUGAAUGCUUAUUAAAGAAAAGUCUGAAGGUGGAUUGGAGAAGAAAAGACACAAAGACUCUGGUUCAUCUGUAUCAGGACGGAGAGAGUAGAACAGAAGUCCAGCAGGAGGAUUAUCAGAACAGAGCUAAUUUCUUCACUGAUCAGAUUCAACAUGGAAACUUCUCCCUCCGUCUGGACGAUCUGAGAGCUGAAGAUGCUGGAGAAUACAUAUGUAAAGUUUACAGUGACCUUUCUACAGUGACUAGGACUGCAGAGACAAGUUUGGUACCACUAUUACAGAGACAAAGUUGUCUGGACAAACUGAGAGCAGAAGAUGCUGGAAAGUACACAUGUAAAGUUUACAGUGAGCAGGACUGUGUGCAUUCAGCCGACGCAGAGCUCGAAAUACUGAGGUUUGCUGUUCAAUGUUCUCGUCACACACUCGCUCCUCUGGGAUCUUCAGUGGUUCUGCCCUCUUAUACUGAUAAAGCUUUACCAGUGGAGGAUCUGAUGGUCAUAUGGAGAAGAGGAAACACUACUGUUCAUCAGUAUCACAAUGGUCAAGCAAACACACCGCAGCAGGAUUAUCAGGAGAGAGCAUGUUUCUUCACUGAUCAGUUUCAGAGUGGAAACUUCUCCCUCCGUCUGGACAAACUGAGAGUUGAAGAUGCUGGAGAAUACAUAUGUACAGUUUACAGUAAUUGGAGAGAUGUGUUUUCAGCCAAGACAAAUUUGGUACCAAGACUACUAGAUCCAGUCUUUCGUCUGCACAUGUCUCUAGUCUUCUGUCCAAAUCUUCUGAUGUUUCUAGCUUUCGUCCUCUGGGGUGUUUCCGAAGGAUCUGUGAGUGAGACGGUCUGUUGUUGUGCUCUUUAUUUCCUGAGGCCUCUCCUGUUGCUCUGGGCAGCUCCGUAUAUUUAUCAUUUUACAGGCAAAAUCAAAUCAUGGAUUCUGAAAUACAGUUAUGUGGUGGAGUAUUUAGCUCUCUCACUUUUUGUUUAUUCAGCUCUUUUUAAAAGUGCUUGGCAAAAGCUUCCGAAUUAUGAAGUGUUUGACAGAGCGGUGAUAAUAGCACUGUUUGUGAUCGUGUAUGCGUGCUGCCUCUGCAAAAUAAUUGACCUUUUAGUUUCAGAGGUCUGGAAGAAAACUGGAUGGAUACUUAAAAUAUUUGAUCUUGUGGCUGAUAUGACCUUUCACAUUCUGCCCACUUUACAAUUCAUCCUCCUCUUCUACACGUUUGGAGCUACUGGUGAAGCAGGAUUGAUCAUGGUUGUGAUUUUACCAGUCUUUAUGAUGAUGAUGACAAAUGACACAUGGCUUUAUAAAUGCAGAUAUGGCCUCGGCUUAUCUCGUUCAGUCGUGAGGACAGUGAUGUUAAUCUUCAUAUUAGUGACGAAUGUACUGAUGAUCGGCCUUUACAUAUUCACUCUGGGCAAUCAAACAGAUCCGAUCGGAUGGGGCUGUGUGAUGGUGUUUCUGCAGAUACUCUGGACCGUUAUGUACUUCACAGAUGAUGCUGCUGCUGUUACAUACUACGUUAAUCUCAGGUUGUCUCGAGAUUUCCAGCGUUAUGUUUCUGUGUAUGUGUUUGGAUCAGUGGCUGUAGUUUUACUGAACUCUGCUGCUUUAAUAACUGAACUGAUCCUCAAAACAGUGAACGGUGAUCGUAUGAUGGCAGAUCUGAGGUUCAUCGUCUUUCCUUCUGAAUGUUUGUUUGCUGUAUCUUUGCUGAUAUCUGGAUUCUCAGGAUCCAAGAUUGCAGGCUGUCUGAAGUCUUGUCAGACCAAGAUGAGAUCUGUACGAGUCAGAAGAUCACCCCAGCAGAACCAGAGCACAGAGAUGAAUCCUCUGAACGCUGGAGAUCAGGAGCAGAAUCAGCCGCAUUCAGUGCUGGCUCAGACAUGACAGACAGACAGAUUAUUAUUAUUAUUAUUAUUAUUAUUAUUAUUAUUAUUAUUAUUAUUAUUAUGUGUGUGUGUUUGUGUGUAAAUAGCUGUAAAUAUAUGCAGGCUGUGUUUUAGUUUCAAAACAUUUGUACUUUGUAUACAUGUGAUGCUGAUUUGUGCUUUAAAAACUAUUCCUAGCUGUAAGCAAAUGUCACUCAUGUAGAUGAAUCAGAAACACUGAGAGUGAAUAGUUAAAUCUUCAGACACCAGAUCCUUCAUUAUGACAUUAUCACAUCAUAAAAGCAUUAUGAUACACAGGCUGUUAUUUAAUUUGGGAGGUUGAGAUAAUAUAGAAAAUAGCAUCAUCAUCACCGUGUUUGGAGUUUGUAUUUCUACAGUGAAUGAUUAAAUAUUACUCCAGGUCA